AAGCCAUCGAGGGUCAAAUCUACCGACCCGACCUUUUUCCGCCAUGUUUGAUUUUCCCCUGGUCGACGUGCUGUCUUUCAAGACCCUGUUGCCAGAUGCAAGCGAGAAGAUGACAGCCGUCCUGGAGAUAGAUCCGCAGACUUAUAAAGUUGUGAAGGAUCGUGUUGAAUAUCAAACGCGCCCAAAUUCAAUUCCCUCGCAGAAUUGAAGAUUGACCCUCUCCCAGACGGGGUGACUCUCGAUAUCGGCUUUGUUCAGACGGUGACGGGGCGAGACUUGAAGUAUGACUAUGGUCAUGGGAGAUAUUUGGAUUGGAAGAUUCCUGCUGAGCUUUUCCAGCAAAACCAAAGAGGCUUCUCACGCUUAUCCCUUCUACAAGGACUACAAGAAAGGUGCUGUGGAAAGAGUCUCGCGGACAGGCGGGACCGUAAAAAUCGCAAUGGAUGACUUCUUGGGCAGUGCAGGUUGGAAUUGGAGAAGUGAAAGCAGCUGCACUUUGUCGGGCAUUCGCAGAGAUCAGUCCUUCAAGAGGGGAGACCAUGUUGUUCAUGAGGUUCUGCAAGAGCUCGACUGGGAGGCAAGCCUGAGGAUCGACAUUGACCCGAGCAAGAAAGAAGCAGGGACUUCUGAUUGCGUUUUCCGGCAAACAGACCCUUGUGUUCCCGAUGACAGGUGGCUUCACCCUCAUUGCACAGAUGGUUCAAAAACCGCGAACGAGUUGGACAAGAAGCUAUAAAACAAUUCUGUUGAUACAUUCGAUUCUUGUCAGGACUCAACCUCCAGUAUUUGUAUUCACAACUUUGCAACAAGGAAAGUGGCGAGAUGGUGCUAGAGGAUGGGCUGUAUGACGUCCUCGAGGAUUUGCCAGAAUUUGGGAACCAGGAACAGGGCAAUUUGGCGACGCAGGAUCGAAAGAACGGAGAUGUAAUUGGCCAGAUGCCCCUCGAGGCUGCGCUGCAGUAUAACGUGCACGAUGAUUUGUCGCAGUUUGACGACGAGGUGGGCUUGAACCAGGAGGCCUUUUGGAAGCUGCUGCGAUGAGAGAAAGCUGAAAGCGUUGUUGGGCGCUGAACAGUUCACACUAAACUGCGAAAGCUUCCUUGUCUUGGGCCCUGGGCAAUCGAAAAGAGAUGCAGCGACACAGGAUCCGCUAGUCUUGAACCCAUUCUAUCAGAGUUGCGGCAACAUGCAGUGUGAGUAUCGCAUCAUCCGCUACUUUCUGCUUUUGCAUGUCGCCAAUUUGGCUCAGGUUUUUGCCAUGUUGUGACUGCC